GUAUUGUUUUGCUUUCAGGAUGACUGCUCCAAGUACUUAGAGGAACUCCUGGUUGAUGUCACUAGGAAUCUGGGAUAUGUGGUGUGUGAGCGGCCACCCCAUGAUGCAGUUUUAUCCCCAUCCCACCUUAAUACCACAACUUCUCAGCAUUACUUUUUAUUACUAGGAAGACUUUCGCAUACUCAGAAGGGAUAUGAUAUGCUCCUUAGAUCAGGCAUCUUUCAACAGUUGUUGGAGAUUGUCAGUAUAUCAAACAGUGACAUGUAUGCUAAGCUUAUUUGCACAUGUCUUGAUUAUUCAAUAGAUGGGAUAAAUAGAUCAAUAUUUAACAAAAUUUUGACAGGAUGUCAGGAAUCUGCUCGAAUGUAUGCCACACAGUUUCUUCGAACGCUGGUUCGUGCGGGUGCUGAUAAUUUUGCCCAUUGGGGCAUAGAGAUGCUGGUAGGUCAGCUGAAUGAUGAGAGUCGUCUGGUUGCUCUAGCUGCUCUUGAUGUCCUAGAUGAAGCCUGUGAUGAAGAGGAAUAUUUAGAAUCAGUCUUGAACUCUCCACCUUCUGUUCUUCACCUGGGAGAUCGAGGUCAACUGUUAAUGGCAAAACUUGUAUCUUCUCCUAGAGGCUUUAGAGCAUACCAUGAAGCCAAUUUCAUCAAUACAUUGCUGGACAAAUGGGCUACAACUUACAAUUACAAGUAUGUCCGAUUAAUGCAAACUGCCCUAGCUGAUUCACUGACUCAGCACCAGAGAGGAGAAGAUGGUACUUAUGGAAGGCGUUCUUGCAGUAAACAUGUUGUUCAUGAUGUAUUCCUCUUGCCUCAUCUUUAUGGUUCUUUGACACAACAUAAGGAAGGUUUUUCAGUCUUGAUGCAGCAUGAUGCUGUCAAAAACAUGGUUCAGAUUGCUAAAAAUGCUAAUGUCUCCACUUCGCAAGACAUAUUUGAACUCAAAGUAGCAAUUUGGGCAAUGGGCCAUAUUGGGUUGAGCAGUGAUGGGGCAGGAUUCCUUAGUUGUGAGGGUGUACUUCCAGCGCUUACUCAUCUGGCUGCGACCUGUCCUGUUUAUUCAGUCCGUGGGACCUGUUUCCAUGCUCUUUGCCUGAUUGCAACAACUAAGGAUGGAGCAAAUUUACUCAGAAAAUUUGGUAAGAUUUUUAAUGUCAUUAAAAAAUUUGUCUGCAUAUUCAUUUACCGUAUAUUUCGGCAUAUAAGUCGAUCCCCCAAUUCUGAGUAA